GAGAGAUGAAGAGGAUCCAGGAGCAGAUCUCCUCUCUGUCAGACAGMAUCUCUGCUGUUGAAGAAGACCUGCAGAAAGACAACGUGUCCUUCCUCAGCACUUAUAAAGACACUCAGACCAGAGRCAGAACCCAGAGCUCACUGUCAGAUCCACAGCUGGUCUCAGGAGCCCUGAUAGAUGUGGCUAAACACCUGGGCAACCUGGCCUURAGAGUCUGGGACAAGAUGAAUGAAAAGAUAAAGGACCAGGUCCACUUCAGUCCUGUCAUUCUGGACCCAAACACUGCACACAGACGGCUCUGUUUGUCUGAUGAUCUGACCAGUGUGAGACGUGGAGACACAAAGCAGCAGCUUCCUGACAACCCAGAGAGAAACACUAAAUACUCCAAUGUCUUUGGUUCUGAGGGCUUCAGCUCAGGGAAACACAGCUGGGAGGUGGAGGUGGGAGAUCAUCCUGAGUGGAAUGUUGGUUUGGUUAAAGAGUCAGUCGACAGGAAAGGAGAAUGUUCUGCUUCACCAAAAUAUGGAAUCUGGUGUUUUAAGCAUGGUGAUGGAAAAUACACCAACGGUGCUGGUAGGACUGUCCCAGUGAAGAAGAGUCUCCAGAGGAUCAGAGUCCAGCUGGACUAUGACAGGGGGSAGGUGUCCUUCUACAACUCUGCAGACAUGAGUCUCAUCUACACUCACAGAGACACUUUCACRGAGAAACUCUUCCCUUAUUUUAGUUUGGGAAAAUCUGGAGAAUCCAAAACAUCUGAUGUUAAAAUCUGUAAAACUAACAUUUCUGUUUAAAGUUCAUGAAUGUUUAUAUUGUUUCAGUUUUUUUAGAG